GACCUUCAGAUUACCUCCACGUCGCGGCGAGGUGAACUUAUGCUGCUACGUCCCACUCGCAGGCGUGUCGUCCACACCAUAAAUCCCGGUUGGUUUCUCAAGUUCCCUCCAAGAAUCAUGUCACUACCGGGUACUCCAUACCGCCAAAGGUAGAUAACAUGUCUGCCAUUCAUUCCCGAACACUAGCGCUGCUACACAAAACCAUCUAUUUCCUUCCUCGGGCGUCCCCAGUUAUUGAAGGUCGGGGUCAACUCAACUCGUCCGCUUUCUGGUGCGAACUUCUGGAGAGUACUAAUGCAGAGCUCAGUUCGUGCUCGACCGAUGCAUCGCCAAAAGCACGCAUUAGUGUCUGUGGAAUUGGCGAAUUUUCCGGUUCUAAGGACCUGGUCACUGCCCUUCUAGACGAUCCGUUCUCCAAUGCCAAGUACAGCGAUAUUCUGCGGUAUCGGUGGGAAAAUCGGCCUAACGUCAUCAUGGUCGAAUACGGUCAAUCCACUAUUCUAGAGAAUCAUUCGGAAGUCGGAAAGCUGAACAGCCCCUCAACGUGGCUCUUGCAAUAUCCACAUGACAUCCAGCUAUUUGAGCUCCCACCUUUGGACUUGAUAUCGGAAGGAAAUGUCAAGGCGAUGAAACUGCUGUGGAGCAGUGACGUCUUGAUAUUAGUGUGCGAUCCCUUGAUAGUUCCGGUCGCCACUCUGGCUGGCAAAGCCAAACACCUGCUCAACCGUCCCAACACAAUCCUUGUCUUCACAUCCGUAGCACCAUCAGAGCAUCGCCUAAGCCAGGUUUCCAAGGAACUCUUCGACCUUGGCUGUGAACCCGGGCGCAUUCUCUUCUUGGACCCUGUGCAAGCCCUACAUGCCACCACAAGUUUACAAACGGACUCAGAUUUCGGACUAGCCGUUGAACGUUACCAGAAUGCUUCCCUCAGCUCACGUAUUUCCUCACUUGGGGUCUCUGUAGGCGAGUUGCUCGGGGAGAGAAAAUCCACAGAUGUGCCUUUGGAGAGCCUUCGUACUCGAACCGCCCUUAUUCAAAUACAAAGUGCUCUUGAUGUUGGUGGCGAAUCCGUUGCGUGCACAGCUGAAAGACUGUCCCAGGUAUUCGCAGGCCUAGCGAAGUUGCGGUCGCAAGUGGCAAGUGUCAAGGAGCGUGCCGAGAACGAAGUUCUAGGAGGCUCCCACAAUGCUGAAUCAGUAUUGGCUCAAGACAAUAAGAGAAUGAAGGCAAUGUUUGGGUCGCUGUCGUUCUGGAAUAUGGUUUGGAUGGCAGACGAGAUCGAAGCAAUGGUUAGUGCGGCUAUUCGACUAGAGUGGGGUAGAGAACUUGAAGAUGAACUCACCCUUCAAACUGGUCGUCUAUCUUGUGCUCAAGACCAGUUAUGGAAGUCUACCUUUGACCUGCUAUCUACCCUCGCGCCACCAUCUUCCUAUUCUUUCCUCCAUUCGCCCUUGCUUCAUAAUCAGUUGCAGCAACUUGCGUCUACUCCUUCCUAUGUGCUUACUUCGGCUAUGCUGACUUCCCCUGUCCGCGAUCGCCGAGCCCAACUUACCAAGUAUUCUACUUCGCGGUUGCACAGUGAAGCACAGAGCGCCGUAGCGGGAGCCUUCAUUGGCGUUUUUGGAGGUGCCGGUGUCAGCUGGUGGCUGGCGAUUGGAAGUCAUAUUCUGAGCUUCGGGCCAGGUGCCGAAAUAGCAUCAGCUCUUGGUGUCGGUACAAUCAUAGCUAUCGGUAGUUUGAGAUGGGCGGUAGGUAAGUGGGAACGGGCGAAGCGGAAAUGGAUACAAGACUUGGGAAGGGUGAGCGACGGGAUCAAACGCGACUUGAAGGCAUCUCUCCAACAUACGAUCGACCAAAACGUGGUCGUCGUCGCUGAAACCGCAUGUCAGAGACUAGAGGAACUCGCAACAAAAGGUCAGGAGGAGAUGAGGGCAGUAGACGCAGAACUUCAGGCUCUACAGGCAGAAGUCAGUAGCUGUACGAGCCAUCGAUUAUGAAAAUUGUUGCAAUAGGCUCACACAUGUCAUGCUUAUUUUGACAUGACCUUUCGAGAGACUGGAGGGGUGUAUGGUCAUGACCCCGUCACGGCAAGUGUUUUGCUGCAAACGUACUCAUCGUCGCUAGUAAGGUGUCGGAUGUCCUC